UCGGCUAUGGGCGAGGAGCAGAGCACAGUAAAUGCGGACGGUCCUGCUGAGGGGCGAUCCCUGGGCAGCGGCGAAGGCGUAGGGAAGGAGCAGCCGGGACCGCGGCAGCCACAGGGGGACAGCAGCGGGGCAGCCGGGCCCCGAGCCCCCUCCCCGGACCCAGGCGGCGGCGGCGGCGGCAGCAGAGGCAGAGCUUCCCCCGAGCAUGGAAAGAGGGGGAGUAAAGCGCGCGGGCAGCCCACAGCAGCGGGAUCCACGGGACCACUCGAUCCCCGAACUUUGCAGCAACAGCAGCAGAAGCAGGAGGAAGAACAGUCGAGGGGAGAAUGGGACAGGUCUUCGGAGCCCGAGCUAGGAGAGAGGGCCAGUACCCCCGACGGACUGGUCUUGGAAGUGCUUGGCCGGCGCCGCCACCCGCCAGCCAAAAGGCACAUCUAUUGCACCGUGUACUGCGUGGAAAACGACCUGCCCGAGGCCCCGACCCAAGAGGAGCCUUCGCCCCCCAACAUUCUGGCCUGCCGGGUGCCUCUCGCGGUCUCUUCCUCCACCACCUCUUCUACCACCUCGGCGACGUCCUCCCCUAGUCCCGGCUUGACGCCCACCUCAGACCCUUUGGCCUUUGACGGCGGCGGCGGAGGCAGCAGCGUGGAACUCGACCUGUACCUGACUCCCGAGCCUUUUUCCGUGGCCAGCCUAAUUGGAGCGCCGCCCUACCCAGGCCUGGGAGGACUGGGGGACCCUUAUAGCCCCCUUCUCGUGUUGAGCUGUCGGGUAUGCCUGGAGGAUAAAGCUAUCAAGCCCCUGACCUGCUGUAAGAAGGCAGUAUGUGAGGAGUGUCUGAAGCGCUACCUGAGCUCCCAGGUCCAGCUUGGCCAAGCAGAAAUCAAAUGCCCCAUCACAGAAUGCAGUGAAUACUUAGAGGAAACAACUGUUCUCUAUAACCUGCCACAUGACGAUGUCAUCAAAUACAAGUACUUCUUGGAACUCAGCCGUAUUGACUCCAGCACCAAGCCAUGCCCUCAAUGCAAGCACUUUACAACCUACAAGAAGAAAGGACAUGGUCCAAACCCUACCAAAUCGGAAAACAAAUACAAAAUCCAAUGCCCUAUUUGCCAAUUUGUCUGGUGUUUUAAGUGCCACUCACCCUGGCAUGAAGGUGUUAACUGCAAGGAAUACAAAAAGGGAGACAAGUUAUUGCGUCACUGGGCCAGUGAGAUUGAGCAUGGUCAGAGGAAUGCACAGAAGUGUCCAAAGUGCAAGAUUCACAUCCAGAGAACAGAAGGAUGUGACCACAUGACCUGUUCACAAUGUAACACUAAUUUCUGUUAUCGCUGUGGGGAGAGAUAUCGCCAGCUCCGGUUCUUUGGAGAUCACACAUCAAACCUCAGUAUAUUUGGAUGCAAAUAUCGCUACCUCCCUGAAAGACCCCAUUUAAGGAGAUUAGUACGAGGCUCAGUAUGUGCUGGAAAAUUAAUCAUUGCACCUCUGAUCCUGGUUUUGGGACUGGCACUUGGGGCCAUAGCCGUUGUAAUAGGUUUAUUUGUAUUUCCCAUCUAUUGCCUUUGUAAAAAGCAAAGAAAAAGAUCACGGACAGGUAUGCCCUGGUGAAAAGCAAACUUUUUUCAUCUGCACUGAUCUGAACCCUGUUGAGGGUUAUACAAAAUGGUGCAACGAAGAACACGGGCAUCCAUAUGCAAGUCAUCCUGACAACUGAGAGGGACUUCUUGCCAUCUCUUCUCCUCUUGGUUCACUGCUGCAGGCCAGAAAUGCCUCCUUGCUGUGGUGCACUCCAAAAAUGGUAGCCUACUCUUUUCCUCCUUUCUGAUUGCUGCUUUAAAAAAAAAAAAUUAAGGAGUUGCUCUCCAGGUUACUUUCAUGGACUUCUGUAUUUGAACUGUAACCCUUCCUAUUGUCCUAUUAAAAAAGCAUUUUAGGUAACAAUAUGCAGCUUAUCUGUAUAGAAUUUUCAUGAGAAACAGAUGAUGGUAGUUGAAACUGUCUUUGUGUCCUGAACACUGAACCUCCUGCUCAUCUUUUGGGACGUCCUCUGAAUCAUUCACAUCCUAUGUCUACCAGUCAUCAAAAUCAGAUUUCAAAGAAAGAGGCUCAUCAUAUCCACUUGUUUCUACCUAUGGACCAAGCAGUGUAAUUCAGCCAUUUGGCAGGGGUUGCAGUUGCCAAAAAUCUCAGUGCCUAAAAGGGAACUAAUAAAAACCAAUUAAUGAGAAGAAGCAUGUGAUGUAGUGAAACCAUUGUGUAGGUGUGUAAGUAUGUAUGUAAUAGAGUUGGACCCAAUAGCCCAGUAGUUGUCUAGUCAUAGGAUACUACACUAUUCUUCCAUAUUCUCAUAGGACUGUUUCAGAUUGGGCUUAGGUCUUCUGCUGUCUCAGAAUACACAAAAGUCAAUGUGGAAGCUAUCUAAGAAAUUUCUAUUUAAAAAAAAGAACAGGCAAUGUUAUUUAGUAAAGUAUCAAAUUUUGUGGGCCAACAGAAUGGAUAUAAUGGUUUCAGAAGCUGAGUCUGGGAGGAAUGCUCCUUCUUUUCCUUCUGGUGCAUCCUUUACUGUUCAUAGAACAAUAUGAAUUUCCAUGAAAAUGCAUGAGAAUUUCAUUAGUCAACCCAAAGAAUAGGUUUUGUUUAAAAUGAAAACUGCUUAAAUAUAAAAAUCCUUUGCAGAAUCAGAAAAAUUUUAAAUCGUGGUCAUAAAGAAUUGUACUGUAUUAUUAUCAAGUUCUGUAUUAUUUUCUUUCCCUUAAUGUUUUGAUCAUGAACUUUUCACAAAAAGAAGCUUUGUUUUCACAUUUAAGUCUCAUGCUUGCUGCUGCUCAGUUUUGUUACUUGAUUGGUAAUAUUUUUAAGUAAGGGGCUCUCACUAUAAGGUUCCCCUGAUCAUGAUAAUAUACUUUUUAAAAAAACAAACCAACCCAAAUCUGCUGCUAAAAAAAAGAACAUGGAGAAAAUAAAUGAAGGAAAUAUUUCUAUAAGUUUUUCAGAACUCCAGUUUCUUUAAGAAUAAGGAGACAAAUAGAUUCAUAUUUGCCUGUUCUUGUCUUAAUCAUGAAAGUUCCCCAGGUGAGUGAACAAAAUGGAGCCCAAGAAGUUUGAAUUCUUCUUAAUUGCAUCCACAAUUUUAAAUGGCUUUUAAAGUUGUACCAUUUCAAUGAUCAGCAUUGAUUCCUUUGUGAAACAUUUGAUAUCCAUACAUAUAACUGCUCUUCAUUGGAUUCCAGAUAAUAGCAAAAGUGUCAUUUUUGUUUUGUUUUAAUGUGGUAGAGGAGUUUACUACUUAUAGUCCUGAGCAGUUUGCUUUCAUUCUUUCUCACUUAGUGCACUGUACAGGCAUAAUAGAAUUCCUGGAGAAAUCAUCUAUUUCAGAGUAAAGCUGUGCUCUCCCUUUAUGGUUCUGGAAAAGUAUCUUUUGAAAGAAUAACUUCAUACAAGAAAAGUAGUACUGUUGUUUCAAAUAGUACCAAGUUCGAAAGCAUGAGCGUUUCCAGAUAAAACCCCUGUAUUUAUAUGUCUUAAACUUGUAUCUUUGCAAUGCAUAUUUUCCUGACUCGGGCCUUUGUUUUUAUAAUUUAUGUAUAUAAGCAUUUGCCCUAAAUCUCAUAUGUGUGCAUAUGUGAAUGUGCAUAUGUAUGUUAUACAUAUAUAUGUUUAUGUGAAAUCUUUUAUGGUUGCAUAUAAAUGUGUAUGCACAUAUAUAUUGACUAGGUGAAUAGUAUAUGUCUGGUCCUAGAUAAUCUAUUUUCUUAGGUCCAUCAUAACUGUUGUCUAUGGCUUACUCAGGGAUUUGUAUUCCUUCCUUUAAAUAACUUAUCUUUUGGGAGGGGGGGUAUUUUUAUAUUAUUUAGAAAACUUUCCAACUUUUGAAUGAUAGAGUUGGUGUCUGAUAUGAAGUCAGCAAAGGCUUUUAGUACUUUGAAUUGUUUCUGCAUUUGGUUGCACAGGAUUCCAUUAUUCUGUUUUAUUGUUUUUUUAAAAGUUAACUUAUACAUUUGUCACAGCAGGUAAUUGAUAUACCUACCCUUUUCCUUCAAGUAGCUUGAAGUAAUAAUUUCUGGUGGUAGCAUAAUGAAGAUCCUAAGAAAAGAGAAUAGAAUGAAAAUGAUUUUUUUUACUUUAGUGCCAUCAUUAAGGGUAAUACCCUAUCUGUAACUUGUGUGAAUUAUAAUUUUUCAAGAAAUCCACUAGUAGAAAAAAAAAAGUAGCAUGUUUACAAAAUAUGUUUUGUAGUUGUUGUUUUUUUAAUGUAAUCAAGUAGAGGAAAAUAAUUUGGCUUCUAUCUUGUAUUUAGUUGUGACAAUUUAUUUCAUAUCUAAAGGCAUUUGCAAAAAAAAAUUAAAUAAUCAUCUUAAGUUGUGCAUAUCAUGUAUCUUUCUAUCAUUUUCCUUUAAAGAAAUUGAAAAGGCUUUGUCCAAAAAAGGUGAUAAUUGCGGGGGGAGAGUGUUUUUAUUUUUGAUGAUUGGGUGCUUAUUUCCCCAUAUACAUUUAUAUACUUAUUUAUUCAAAUUGAAUACCUUGCCAAAAUCAAGUGCUAGAAAGAUAAUUUUCAUCUUUUCCACUGAAAAUAAAAUGUGUGAUUGAAUGCCAGUAGUUUGACAAGAGAAGGUUGUCAGGUCAUCUUAUUGCUUUAAAGUAUCUAUUGAAAUAAUGAAACUUUAAUAAAUUUUUUUCUGUGGAGCUAUUUGACAAUAGUUUUUCACAUUUUCCCCACAUACUAUUAUUUUCACAUUUACUGCCCUACUUGUGUCAUUCAUUCUUACUAUGAUUAAAGAUUUAGUAAAUUAAUGAUACAUAAUUUUGUUAUCGCCAUGAAAAGCCACACUCAUUCAAGAAGUAUCGGGAUGGAGUAUGGAAUAUACUGGAAGGGCUCUGGAUAUGUGGAUUCUCUUUUCAGUACAUCAAGUGAUGAUAAGACAUUUAAUUUACCCCAAAGCCCACCAAGGUUCCCUGUGAUUGAACUUAAAAAGGAGAAAUCUGUAUAUUUUGAUAUCCUGGCACAGGCAUCAUUUAUUUCCUGUGGCUUAGAUUUCCUGAUAGGAGGUAAUAUAUCCUGACACUCAGACAGAGAGGAUACAACCGGAGAUACCAAGGGUUACAACCUUCUAUCUGAUUGUAUUCUUCUUGCUGAUGUAUCAGGAUUCAGUGGUGUCCAUGAAACUAUAUCUACUUGUAUCUCCCAGCCCUUCCUUCUUGAAUAGGUGGCCUUAUUGGUCCCCAAUAACUCCUACUUUGUAAUAUAUUUGACUUUCUUCCCCUUUACCUUCUAUCUCUCUAUUCCUUCUAGUUCCUCUGUACUUUCCUUUCUCUUUGACCUCAGUUCCAUAGAAACACACUUCUUACUGAUGAAACAAUGAAAAAUAUAUAUUUCUGAUUUAUUAUCCAAAGGAAAAUAAUAUUCUUUUCUCACCUUUUCUACAUGUGUUGAGAGAUAGAGUACUCCCAUAAAAAAACUGAAAAAACUUAUAUAUUACAUCAAAUGUUUUUAAUUCUCAAUUUUAUUGCUGCUUGUUGUAUUUGUAUUUUUAAGAUGGUUAAUAAGACAAGGAUAAUACUGUAUUUUAAAAUGAGUUUUCUUUGUUAUUGAAUCCCAUAAGAACUUUCAUACCAAAAGCCAUAUAGUCAUAUUUUAAACUCCUAAACAAAAUGAAUAUUUGCCUUAAAAAGUCAAGUUGUCAUAUUGUAACCUAUGUUUAACCCUAUUUCAGAGAACGAGUUGAUUCAUUUUAGUUACUGCCUUCUAUUUCAUUUGUAGUGAAUUUCUUUCAUUUUGCUAGUUUUAUUAUUUUUCUUAAGACCAUAAUAUAAAUAUAGCCUUAAAGUUAGCAAAUGCACUUUAAAGUCCUCCAAAGUCUUCUGUGCCAUUUGAAUAAUUAGAUUCAUGAAGAUGGGGUUUAUAAAGCUAUGCAAAAUUAAGUUGUUUUAAAAAAUAUUUUUCACUACCCAAUGAAGCUAUGCAUUUUGUUUCCUUGCGAUUAUGUACAAGAGUUUGCAAACAUAUUUCACCCCUUGAUUUUUCUUCCAACAUAAAUGUAAUGCUGUAAAACAGUUGAAAAGUCUGUGUCACCUGAACUUAGAAAGUUUUGGGGUGAAAUUGGUUGAACUAUUAGGCUUAUAAAAAACAUAAUAUUAGCAGUUUACAGAAGUUCUAAGGAUACUUUUAAUGUAUUUAUUAUUACUAGUAUAUUAGAUGCUUGAGUAAUUUUUGUUAAUAACCUAGAUAGAAGGUUUAUUACAAAAUACCCAGUGUCCUUUUCAACCUCAUGACAAGAAAGCUGUGCAACAGGACCCUUUAUUAAAGAAAUAAAUGGAUUUCCUCUCAGUAACAGAAAAGUUAAAACCACCAAUAGCCAAGUCAAGGGUGUUGAAUUUUUAAUUAUUUUAUUCCUUACACUUUAAAAAAUUAUUUAAAUAAAUUCAUAGAAUAACUAGUCCUUUCUGAAUACACAAACCUAAAGCUCUAUCAUGUCUGAAAAUAGUAGUAAGCAACAGAAACACAAAAAGGUUGGGAGACUAUGUUUUCCCAAGUUGUCAUAUUGCAGAUAAUUCAUGGAAAACAUUGAUGCAUACAAUUAAUUUGAAGCAGGCAGGUCUGAUAUUUUUGGCUAUUUGAUGAUAGAAAAUACUUUUUUGAUGCAUCCUCUGAAUUUAAAUUUUGAAUUUUUUAAAUUUAAAAAUCAUAAUACAAAAGACCAUUACUUAUUUUCCUAAAUACUGGUUUUAGAAACUAAAACCAACAUAUAUGUUACAAACUAUCCCCUUAGGUUUCUUUUUGUGUGGUUGUCAUGGUUCUUUGGAUAUAAUUUAACUCCUGGUCCAUCUAAGUCAAUAUCUAUAGGCAUGUUAAAAUGGAAUUUUGAAAAGAAAUAUGGCACAAUGGAGAGAGUUUCAAGUUUUGCCUGUGAUACUAUUGUGGCCCUAAAAAAGUCACUCUUCUCUUAGAACUCUCUUAAGACUUAAAACAUUCAGGAGUUUCCAGUUUACUUCAGUAGGGAGAGUUUCCCAACUCCUGGGAUCCUCCUCACCAGUGAAAUCACUGACCCAAACAAAAAAUAAUACAAUUUAGUUCUACUGCUGAGCAGGGCACAUUUUAAUUGCAUAUAUUUUUAUUGAAGCAUAGUUCAAAUCAGAAUGCCAUUUGCCUUAUCAGUCACUGAAAAGAAAUAUUGCCAAUUAUAGAAGAGAACUGGAUUUUUGCCUUGGUGAUUAUGUUCUUGGGAAGAUUAUUCAUUAUACUUAAAAUGCAAUAAACUGUAGAAAGCACAAGGCAAUAUUACUGCAUGUAGUCUUUCAAGAAAUAUUCUCUAUGUAAUAUGGUUUCUUUACCUAACUUAGCAGUAAUAAUCUAUGCAUGUGAGUCAAAUAUAAAUCACAAAGUAAAAUUAUGACUUUUCUCUUUGUACCAAUGAUCCUAUCCCAUUUGUUUUCUGGUAAUGUGUCACUUUUUUCUUUAAUUAAUAUCAAACCUAAACUGUGUGGGCCAAUUUUUCCAAAGAAGUUCCUGCUUAUUCUAGUCCUUCGGGGUAGUGCCUACCCCUUCUUGUUCAUAUAUGAGAAGGCAUCUUUCUUAUCUUUGUAAUUGCAGCUAAAUCUAGAAAAAUGAAUUCAGACACAAAACUUGCUUUGUGGUUGAGUUGUAACUGCAUUGGAACUUAGCAUAAUUUUAUAACUAGGUAAUAUUUCUUGGGAAGAAAAGCAGUAUUAAGAGUAAAUAGAAGAAUCUUCCUUAUUAUUGGUGCAAAUGGCAUAAUUGUGAAAUGCCUAAUGUUUUCUAGGAAGAAAUGAAGUGAACUAAAAUGAUUUGAAAGUAGUAGUUCUGUUCAAAAGACACGAGAGUACUGACAGUCUCUGACCUAUCUAUCUCCCUUUGAUAUGAUGGAAAUGGUCAGUGACCACAGAAAAUCCUCCACCUUCUCCACUGCCUAUAAACGGGGUCUCCCUUCCCCCAAGCAAAUAGGAGAAGUUCUGAAAUUACAUUCUCUUCUCUCAUGAGCCAGGAAAGAAAGAAACCUUGGUCAAGAGCAAUAGAUAUUAUCAGUAGAAAGUGAAGCAGGUGGCUUAGUCUCCAAGGCAUGAAAAAAAAUAAUUUAGGGGCAGAGAGCCAGCCAAGACAAAGAAUUAGCUUGGAGGAUUAGACCAAAUAUUUCUUAGUCCUUGCAGGAAUUCCUGAACCUUUACUCUCCAAAUAAUUGAACCCUUUAUUCCUAUUUCCCAGUUUCCAACUUGCGGGGGUUUCUGCUCCAAACCAAGAAAAUUACCAUUAGUAACUUGUUCCGGUAUGGGAAUCCUGCAAAGAAAUGUUCUUUUAUUCCAAAUUCUGAGUGCAUUUACCCAUAGUAACAUUGUUCAUAUAUGGUGAUUAGAAUCUCCAUUAGUACAACAGUAUUUAUUUCAGGCACGUUAUGGGAUAAGUAGAUUUCAGUAGACUGACUCAGGAACCUAAUCAUUACGUUUAACAUUUCUAUCGGAAAAAAAUGAGUUCUCAUUGAUUUCUAAAGAAGUGACUUACAAAUAAACUUUUUGAAAACAAGCAUAUUUUAAAGUUAAUACUUCCCAAACUCUUCUAAAAUCAAGAUACUUCAUUAAUUUAAUCAUAUUUUAAAAAUAAUAUAAUACUGAUAAAUUCAUUGGCUUUUUUAAAUCUUUAGGGCAGAGAAUGGCCUUGAGCAGCUCCAAAUUCUGAGAAAAAACAUGGUGUAGUGGGGUCCUAGACAAGACAUCAGAUGAUUCUUGCUCUAGUCUCAGCACCGUCCUGUGUUAUUAGGCAGUCUCUUUGUCUUUCUGAGCCACCAUUUCCUCAUCUUCAAAAUGAGAGUAAUAAUACUUGUCUUGCUGAUUGCCCUAGAAUUAUUGUAAUGAUCCAUUAUCUCAUUUGAUGUGACAGCACUCCAAAAGCUGUAAAGUGCUAUUUAAUUGUAAAGGAUGAUUUUUAAAAGAAAAAAUGAUACACAUGCAGUAGCCAAAUGGAAUUCCAUUAUAGAUGAGUCUUUCUUCCAAAGGAUUCUAUAGAAUUUUGGGGUGCCAUAAUAUAGAUAUAUAGCAUCAUUUCUAUAUGAGAUGCUUGAUCUGACUGUGUAACACUGAAUUAAGGGUCCCAUGCCAAUGAGUAAUCUCUGUUGGAUCAUGUAGAUUGCAGCCAAUAUUAUCUCUUUCCCAGGAAAAAGUCACUAUAAGUUGCAAAUGCCUUGAUUUCCUCUUUUAUCUAAAUGUACAAAUUAAUAUCAUCCUUGGACAAAUGAAUGAAAAGGAUUUAUAUAUCAAUGUGUCCAGAUCCUAAAACAGGAGCACCACUUAAUCAGAAAACUUGAGGAUGAAUUAUGGUUUGGAGCUGGUGGUGGAGGGAAACUUAUUUUGAAGGAGAACCUGUUUAAAAUACAUGCCUGUUAGAUGGAUAGUGUCCUUAUUUGCAUGAAAUUUAGAUCCAGGAAGUUCUAAAUCAGUGACAUCAUACUGUUCUGGAUUUUAUUUUCCACAACUGAUAAGUUCUCGAAGAGAUUACCAACUCAUUUAACCUCUCUACUGUGUUCAUCUCAUGGGCUAAGUGGCAAAUCAGUACAACAGCCUUACAGUGCACCCUCUUUUUUUGCUAAUGGAAUAUGAGAAAGGAGACUGGAGGGGAGUCUAAACUUGGUGCAGUCUCUAGUAGUUUAAAAAUAAACAACACCAUAGUCACUCAGGAAGCAGCGCUUUUCCCUAUUGCUUUCUUAUAGUCAGCCUCUAUUGGAACUCAAAGAUUUCCACUGGUUGUCAUUUCUAAGAGGUACAUAAGUAGGGCAAGAAAUUGAAGAAUGUGAAGAUGGAGAUGAAAAAGUUGGUUAGUGUGUGUGUCUUUUUCCACUCAGACAACAAAAGAAAAAAUGCACAUCCACAUAAAUACACACACAUAAAUAAUUCUAGUGCUCCAAAAAGGAAGUUAUAUGUUGCCAUUCCUUAGUCCCUAAACUUUGGCAUUUCACCAUUUUAGUCCUACCUAGUAGGUAAGAGUAUAUAAAGUCCUGCCAUGAUGAUCAGUAAGACCCUAUAGGUAUUACUUAAAACAUUAGAGCUAGCAUUUUCCUAAGCACUGUAUGUGUUGUCCCAUUCAUUCUCAGAAGACUCAUCUUUAACAUUCUGCUAAUGAGUAUCAAUAGACCACAUCUGAAGAAGGUCACUUAAGAGAGAAAUCAGUUAACAUUCCUUUAUGUCACAAAUACAAAAAAAAAAGAGGUAUAAUAAGAAUGGUUAGUAAAUCGUAAUACGUGAUGUAUUGAGGAGGGUGAUUAUUGGGAUGUAUUUGCUCUAAAAAAGAAAAAUAUUGAUAAAUCAUGAAAAAUAAAUUCUAGCUGUAAGAUUAAAAUUAAAUAUCCAAAUACUCCAAGUUUUAUUUUUAUAAGAUUUAAUUAAUAAUAACUUGAAAUAAAGGGAAGUAAAGUGAGAGAGAGCGUUUUUCCAGCCUCAUUAGCAGGAAAAAAGACCUCAAAGACAUGGUUACAGAAACUUUAAACAAUCAAACAUAAAAACGUACAUGAGAAUGCAGAGGAGAGGAAUUCUGGUAAAUACUACAGAAAUUCUGGGAAAUGUAGUCCUGGGGUACAAAAUUCCAACUACACAUACCAAACACAUCCCUUACUCCAAAAAAUUAACUUUCAAAACGAUUUGAUUAUGUUUAAACAAAGUGGACAAUUAAAAUAUUGUCAUAAAUUAAAAGCAUUGUGGCAUAGUGGAUAGAGUGCUAAACUUGAACUCUAGAUAACUGAACUUAAAAUUUUGUCUUUGAUGUUUACCUUCUCCAGUAUUCUAGGGUAAGCCAUAGAUAAAUUGCAAGUAGACAGCAAGUUCUCUAUACCAAUGAAAUCACAAAUAUGGACCAAAAAUAAAAAGGAUGGAUGGUGAGAGGGUCUAUAAUUAUAUUUAAUGCCAUGGAAAACACACAUGAAAUGGAUUUUAAUAUGUUCAUAUCUUAAUGUUUUUCACAUAAUGAAAUAAAUUUUGUGACAUAAAUUAUUUCUUUGAAUAAAAUUACCAAAUCUAAAGAAUAAUUAUCUCUUUCACAAACUACUAAAUAUGAUCAAUUGAACCAUCAUUUAUAGUUUGUAAUGAAAAUUAUAAAAGAAAACUCAACUCUAAAACAAUGCUUUCACUAUUGGCUUUUGGAUAUUGGUCAAUAAUUCCAGUAAAAUGUUUCAUUAGGUUGAAUAGAAUGUUUUGCCUACUAUUUGUAGUUAUUUUGCAAUCAGAAUAAUAUAACAGUUUUUGUAUUUCAAUAUUAGACUGUGUCUUGAAAAUAUUUUUUGUUUCCUCAUAUAAAAGAUAGUUACCUUUGUGAUUUUUCUCAGCCUUUCAUGCAUUUUAUCAGUUGGCAUCAAAUUUUUAGUAAUUCACUAUACUAUAAAAACCACAUACCAACUACAAUGAAAAUAACAAAAUCCAAUCUAUAAACACUAUUUGAAAAUGUUUGGAAAAGGGAAUUUACAUUGCAAUGGAGCUGGAGUUUGCCCAGUUUUUUUCUUAUUCCCAGAACAUUAUUACAAUAUUUCAAAUUUUGAAAGCUACACAUUGUUUUAAUGAAUAAAGUUUUCAGGAUGUUAAGUAAGAUAUGGAUCCUUACAGGGUUUGUGCAGUAUUUGAUGAAAAGAAAGAAAUUGAUAAUUAUAUUCUUAGCAAAUGGGUUUAUACACAUUUUUCAUUAACACUGGCCUCCCUUCGACCUUCAACUUUUGGUGCUUUGUGAAACUAGAAUUUAACAUUUUGAAAUCCUUUAUUGGUGCCUUAUUGUUUAAGUUGGACUUUUUUCUGCUCUGAAAAGUCUUAUGGGAAAUUCAGAACUUUUGUCAGAGUUGUGCUCUUAAAAACUCAAAGGGAACUACAUAUUAUUUCAUGAGAUAAAAAUACUAUUUCAGUGAAUAUACUGAAUUUUAUUAUCACAGGUAAGUAAUUUGAUAUUUUAUCUAGAUUUCAGUACCAAUUUUUAAACAGUUGGUUGUAUGAAGAAUAAUUUUUAAGUAUGAUAUUGGAUUCUAAAAUUUUAAAUUAGUAUAGUUGCAAUUUGUCUCAAAUCCACUAAAUUAUAAUUCUUCAAAGUUGAUUCCCAAAUACACUGAUUAUUUAAAGUACAGCACUUCCAAAGAAAUCUAUCUUCCCAUCAUUACUUGAGCAAUUGAAAUAGCUCUCAGCUUUUUAUCCACUAUGUUCUUUAUUUAUGUGUGGGACAGGAUCACUUCAUGACAAAACAUUUAAAAACCUGUAAUCUCUAACAUUUCCAGAAUAAUUUUUUCUCUAGGUCAUAUUUGGUAAUGUUUUAUUCACAAUCUACCUUUCAAACAAACUGUUUUCAUGAGUGUGUAAAGUAGUCACUUGAUAACUUUUCCCCAAAAGCCUCUUGAUCUGCAUCCCACUGAUUUGUACAUCUUGUUUGAUGAUUGUUGGUGCCUUUUGUUUUAGAUGACCCACACAAACUGCCCCCUUCUCUUGUCUUUUUUAUAAUCUGUACCGUAGUAGUAUGUUAUUAAGUUUGUCCUGAUGAAUGUAUCAUUAAAAGCUAAAAUAAAUCAUAUCCUCAGAAAAGAUGUUGACAGGUUGUAUAUGUACUUGAGCAAAUAACUGAAGAGAAGAAUAAUUCCUCCUGCCAACAAUUGUCCUGCUGGCCAGGAUCUUAAAAUUAUCAAAUUUUUUAUUAACAUUGAAUUUUUAAAAAUCUUUUACCCACUAUUCAGUUAUGCAUAUGUAUGUAUGUAUGUGCAUGAGUGAUUGUACUGCUCUAUUUUAGCAAAUUUAAUUUCUUUUACAGCUGGCAGUGUCAAAUCACAGUGGCAAAUUCUAGGGGAAAGAAUGGGUUCUCAAGGCCAGAGUCUUUGAGAUGUUUUACAGAAUGUUUUGGACUCACAUUAGUCAUUGUUUUUUUUCUUUUGUUUUCUUUUCUUUUUUCUUUCUUUUUUUUUUAAGAGCUGAAUGGUAGCAUUAUUUUAUCCAAGCCUAUGAAAGACUAUAAAGACACUAUACUCUUAUGAAAACUAUUGUGGGAAAUAAAAUAUUUUGUUUGUUAUUA